UUCAGUAAAGCCCAGGAGCACAAAGAACAUAAAGAAGAUCAUGCCCCGGGACUUCCUGACCAUGAACCGCGGGGCUGUCGACGCCGGCUGUACCACGGCCCGGGAGUUCGGGCUCUACUACAAGUUCAUGGACAUUCGGUGCAAAGAUGAGAACAGAUUCCUCACGGGAUGGGUUUCCAAAAUCCCUGCAGACAUGACUUUCGGCAGGCCAGCACGGCCUUCCACUCCCAUUUAUGACAUCAUCCAACACAGAUACAAGGAGAUGUGGAUGGAGCGCCAGAGAGCCCGGACAAAACUCCAGAUAAUCGAAAAGAAAAAGCUGGACCAGGUGCGUGGCAAUCGCACCACGUACCUGCGCACGCACAAACCCCCGCCCAAGGAGGAGUCCUUCUGGCACCCAGCCCGCUUUGAGAAGGUUGAGCCUCAUCUCAGUACUUUUCCAGACCCUGAAACUCGUGAAAAGGCACUCAGUGCCUCCCACUGAGAAGUGCCUGCCAGAGGUGCUGCCCUUCCCCAGAACACCCACCCAUCGAGGACCGUGCUGGGCACUGCCCUGUGACCCCACACAGACUUUCUCUCAGGUUUUACCGAGUGAUGCUAAUGCAGAUACAGCCAA